AUGCCAGAACCUCAGCCAGACAGCUACGUGCUGCUCGAGUCGUCGUUCCUCGCAUCCCCCAAACUACAACAACACAAGCAGCUCCCGCGCCGCAGCGACGAACAUCGUUCUUUCUCGCGCACUGCAGCACCCCUCAGACGGGAUCCAUCGUACACGUAUAGCGAGGCCGAGUCAGUCGUCAGUAGUCAGCAAUCUACGCCGCUAGCAUCGCCAGGCGCAUUGACGGGGGCAGAGAACGGCCUACCACCCACUCCGCCCACCGUAUCGCAAGACGGGGCAGUCGCACAGGACUCUGAGCCACCGCCCCAUGCCGACGGCGUGGUAAACUCCCUCCUGUCGAAGAAGUCGUCUCUCAGCACGCCAGUCAAUGCCCGCAGCCCUCCGACGCCUGAUCCAAGCCCACCACGAAGCAGCGAAUCCAAUACCUCGAACCUCGUCCCCAGUCGCCCGCCCAUGUUUGCCUAUCCAUCGUCGAGAGCAGAGUCCUUCAAAACGGCAAGAGAAGACCCCGUGUCCUCUGAGCCUAGCGACAGUCGAUCGAUAACACCAGUGGGGGAUAGGCUGAGCACAGUCGAGGAGGAUAGGGGACUGGGACUUGCUUUUGAGGUCGAGGACAACGACGUCACGCCCACCGAGAGAACACGAGCUUCGUCUUCCGCCGAGAUUCACAAUGCGGAUACAAUGGCCGGCGCGGAGGAGGACAAGGGUUUCCCGGCGGUGGAGGAUAUACCUGAUCGGGAGUGGAACACAGAUAUGAUGCGCAACGUAACCAUCCGUAGAAAACGACGAACGCCAAGCUCAUCGCCCCGUAAGCAACGAGCUCCUGCCGUCACUGUCGUAGAAACUGCCUCGCCCUCGCCGAGCACAAGGGCGCGUCGAAGCUCAGGUCUUCGCGAGCGCGUCGAAGCGAGCAGCAACAGUCCACAUACUCCAUCCAUCGAGAUGUUUGCGCAGUCCAUUGGCUGGCCUAGCGGGGACAAGGAAUUGUCGGAAGAAACACAGCGUGAUGUCAGCAACCAGCGACUUUCCACCGCGUCCGUGGGCUCGACUGUUGUAGAGGCCGUAGUGAUUGUGACACCACCACGGAGACGGCAGACGCUCCGUCACUCUGGAAAGAACAUGGCUUACAGAAGAGACACCAGUUCACCUGCAGAUCUAGGCUCAGUCACGUAUUCGAACCGCAAUUCUGUCCUGUCCGAUGAUGUUCCGUUGCAUCGCCUGGUCCAUAAGAGGACCAGUGUUGUCGACAGAAAUAAGAGGAUCAGUGCCGAGUCGGACACCCUCGGCAGUGAGCGUAAUUAUUCUUCUCCUGUUUCGUCAUUACGGCAGAGAACCAUUGAUAGCACAGCGCAUACACUCGCGCAUCAGGAGUCCAUUCGCAAUGUACUGCAACCCGCAGCAGAUAUAAUGAGCAGGUCAAGUCCCCUCUCACGAUCCUAUGCAUCCACUGGCAGCUACCACAAGCGCAUCUCGUCUGCCCCGGAACCUGUACGGAGGUUAGCACCCAGGAACUUCUCACAGUUGUCUCCGCCUGAGAGUCCGCGACCUGUAGAAGACAUAUUCUUUCAAUCGCCUGUUCAUGAACGAGAGGCAUCGCCUACACUCUCACCAAAGCCAUUCCUAGCAUCCCCUGCAUCACGUAAAGAAGGGCAACGACAGCCCCGUUCCGAAUUCAAGCAUGCAGCCAACGUCAACAAGUCUCUACCCGAUGUUCCGAUACAAUAUACAGAUGAGCAUGUACUGCAAGAUGUGUUCGUAGAGGCAAGUGAGCCAGUUGAGGACAAAGAGGAGAACCAUCCGCCAGUUGCGUUAAUGGAAAGAGUGCGGCAACUGGUCGCUCAACGUGAGACCGACGAAGAGACUACGCUCAUUACACAGUCAAGCAAAGAUCCCACUUCCCCCGAGCAUUUGAAACAGUUCUCGCCUCUCCAAGACAGCUCGCCGUCUGUUCGUCAAGACUCGCGUUCGUCAAAAUCUGGAGAGGGCAAUCGCACAUCUCUGUCUCCAGAUACCCAUCUACGACCGAGCUUGGACCGAGUGUCAACAGAGGAAAUGGUGCGUCGUAGCUACGAGGGACGCAGGCCCUCUGAGGAGCAUGGACGAGUCAGCUUCGACAGGUCAACGAUACGCACUGAGGAACAUGCUAUGGCGCGACAUCUCUUUGCGCAGACGACACCCUUCUCACAACACUCGGAUACGCCCAUCGAGGUCAGUGAAGCGACUGCCGUUAGCAUCUACCCGCACAACAACCACUCCCUCCUUGUGGUGCAGCAGCUUUCUCGCGGCAACUCCAUGUUCCCGGAUCAGAGUCAGUUGACUGGCGACACAUUACUCACAGAGCAGGAUCACCGAGACUUGCAACCCACACCAACCCCGCCAUUUGUGGAUGCAAGCGAAGAGCAUAUUGAAAGCAAUGAGCAUCCUCUCCCGCCAAGUCUGAACUUUGAACCAUCCACGCCUCCAUUGCAAAUCGGCUUCGCUCAGCCCAGUGCCGUAGACUCUCCUCUCAAGAAUCCUCGACCGCCACCAGAACCACCCAGGAUUAUGUUCAUUCCUCCCACGCCGGCUGAGGAGCUCGAGCGCGAACUUGUACCUGGACCGCCCAAGCGGUCUGAUUCGCAUCCACAGCGCCGACUCACGCUGGUCCAACGAGCGCGUCGCUACUCUGACAACAUCAUACGGCCCGUGCUAGCCCGCGCGUCAAGUCGCCAUGCCAGCGAUCCGCACGCCCACCGUACUCAACGCGUGCCUACCGUGAAUGACGAGAAUGGUGCUUUGCAUCCCUUCUGGCGACCGCGCGGGUUCUGGGACGACUUUGAAGACAGCGAUAGCGAGAGUGACGAGGAAUCAGCACUGCCAUCUGGUGGCGAUACCAGCGACGUCGAGGAUGCGCCCAUUGCACCCCCAAGGCGAUCCAAUACGCUGGGAAAGCGAUUCACCAGUGGCUUCAAGGGCUCAGGUGGAUUUCUGAUUGGCAAUUCCCUCGGCGUAGAACGUCACGGGACAAACAAACGCCGGCACCAUGUCACGCUUCCUGCGCGCUUUUCCAAGUCGGCCAAAACACCCACGCAGGCUUCGUCGCCGAAGAUCCUCAUUCAGCCACCGACCAUGCCUCUUGGACGCAUUCCCGGUGGUGGCAUCUCGAAACAGAGCUCACGAAGCAGCCUACGAUCGAAUAGCCUACGGUCGAAUGUGUCGUAUGAGCUGCCGCGGCGACGGGGAACGUGGCGUCAAGGGCGAAGCUUGCCAGGGUUGAAGAAGUACCAAGUGCAGUAUAUUGGGUUGAGCGGGGUGAAGGAGAAGAUACGGGAACGCAAGACGGAGAAGAGGAGGGAGAAGUUGAGACAGAGCAUUGGGACGCGGUAUUAUGUGGAGCCUGUUGUCCCUUCGGUAGGUUGA